UCCUAAGCCUCAUAUCUGCUCUGAUCUUGAAAUAUAUCCUGAUGAAUGUGUAAUGUCACAAGCAGUACCGUAUUUAAAAGAACAUCGCGCAAACGCUUUUCAUUUAACCACACCCCUGGGCUACAACAUCCUUUCACCUCCGUGUAAACGGAAGUAAACUGUGACCAAGGAGAUUUCCACGUUAGUUUUUAUUUUUGUUAUUUAUACGGUUUUUGACACCAUGGAACUCUAAAUAUGACUCGUUUAACUGCACAGCAUCACAUACUUACCCAGUGUAGUCUUUAAUUCGCGUUGGAAACAGGACUUGGUUGUUAAAUGUUAUCUAGGUAACGCUUACUAGCUGCUAAGGGUUAACUAACAAUGGCUAACGAUAUGGUUUUUCACACUCAAAUAGCCUCCAUCAUGGAGGUACUAGCGAAUGCAGCCGUGGCAGAGGUCUGCAAACUCGUAGAUGACGACUAUGCAGUGUUUCGUUUGGAAAUAAUUCAAAGCCAGAAAGAAAACAGGUCAUUACGGAGGAAACUACAGCUUCUGGAACUGAAGGUGUCACGGGAGCGCGCAGAGAGGACAAUGCGAGAGCGCGUCUUCACCAGUCCCAGAAGUGUCAAGCUCGUCGACGCAUACAGAGGAAUGGCAAGAGGUGAAGGACAUCUCACUGGAAGCCACAGGAGCUUUGUGAAGCCAGGGGAACACAAUACAUGGAGAGAUGACAAACCAAUCACUGAUGAGGAAAUUGGAACCUCAACCCAGCACAUUAUCUUGAUUGAGGAUGCAGAGGCUGCAGAUCCUGGGGUCAAGCAGGAGAAGCCUGAAGGAGAGGAGGACCCACAGCACAGCAGAGACAUCCAGAUUGGAGCGCCCGCUGAAUCCACGGAGGACCUCGCCGCCACACCCCAGCCCAAGACCCGACGCAGCAUCAUGGAGGAGGAGGAGGGUCCAGAGGUGCUGCUGGUGAAGGAGGAGGGUUGUGAAGAGGGUCUGGGGAACCCCGAGGGGACCAUGGUCAUGGAGGACAACCAGACUACACCUCCUCCUGAACCCACAGAGGAACCAGCUGAGCAGCACAGGACCACACACAGUCUCACUGAGUCAGUAGACAUGGAGGAUGGGAAGCCUGAUCUGCUGCUGGUCAAAGAGGAGACAAUAGAAGAUGGACCAGAGAGCAUUGAUCUGCUGAGUGGACUAAAGAUGGGGGAGCAAGGUGGUUGGCUGGGGACUAAAAGAGGAGAUUGGGUGACCAUCUUGGAUUCCCAGACUGGUGCAGCCAAGGGCCCAGAGGAUGACAUCACGGAGCAGGCCAGGACCAGAAGCGACAUAGUGGAGUCAGUAGACAUGGAGGAUGGGAAGCCUGACCUGCUGCUGGUCAAAGAGGAGACAAUAGAAGAUGGACCAGAGAUCAUUGAUCUGCUGAGUGGAAUAAAGAUGGGGGAGCAAGGUGGUUGGCUGGAGGAUAACAGAGGAGACUGGGCAGCCAUCUUGGAUUCCCAGACCCAGAAGGGUGCAGCCAAUGGCCAAGCGGAGGUCAGUGGAUGGGACAGCGUCCUCAACUCUGGGCUGGGGAACAACACUGUUAACCACAACCAGAAACAGACAGUCAAAAACAAAACAACAUCCAAACUUAGUUUCCAUGACAACAGACUUGCUGAGACCAGGACAAGGUUUAGAUUUGGUCUGCGGGGACGGGGAGGUGUCCGUAUGCGGCAGGAGAGAACAGACACAGACUCUGCUAGCGAUGCUCCGUCCUGCUCCUAUAGUUGUGAUUCAGAGAGACUGAUGGCGUCUCAGAUUAACCCCCUAACAGGUGCUGCCUUCAGCCUGCCUUCUAUAGGAUCUAUCAACUGGAACAUGGACCCUGGGAGAACACAGACACUCCCUGGCCUUCAUCCUCACAUUCCUGUAAUGUUAAAUCAGACCUCAGACAAUGCCAGUGCCUCAACACUAAAUGGAUACACAAGCCUUUUGACAAAUGACAGUAGUAGUAACGCUAUCAGUAGAUCCAGUGGCGAAGAGAAGCGCUUCCCAUGUUUAUUCUGUGGGAAAGCCUUCAGUUUCCCCAAACAGGUGGAGAUCCACCAGAGGAUGCACACGGGUGAGAAACCCUUCAGCUGCCACCUUUGCCAGGCCAGUUUUUCACACUCAUCCAGUCUGAAGAGGCACCAGAGGAUGCACACCGGGGAGAAACCAUUUGGCUGCCACCUGUGCCGGGCCAGUUUUUCCCACUCAUUCAACCUGAAGAGGCACCAAAGGGUACACACAGGGGAGAAACCGUACAGCUGCCCCCAGUGUGAGAAGAGGUUCUCCCACCAGCACCGGCUGAAGAUGCACCUGAAGGUCCACACAGGAGAGAGUCCGUUUGCCUGUACGCAGUGCGGGAAGAGGUUCUCAGAGAGGAGCUGCCUCAUGAUACACCAGCAGAAAAUGCACACGGCCCAUGUAUAGAGUAUAGUGACAUCA